UCUCAGGAAAUCUCAUCUACUCUUUCUCACAAACGCUACUUGUGGAAUUACAAUUGCCAUCAUGACUCUUGAGGAAGUUAUCGUCCAGAAGCCUAUCGAGAGAGCCCAGUGCACCGGCAAAGCAUUGGAAGAAGUGCUGGAGACUGCCAAAGCCAAUGACUGCCUAACCAUCGGCGUCUACGAAUCUGCUAAAGUGAUGAACAUUGAUCCUGACAGCGUCUCUUUCUGCGUGCUGGCCACUGAUGAGGAGUUCGAGUGUGACAUCGCUCUUCAGAUUCAUUUCACCCUCAUCCAGGCUUUCUGUUUCGACAACGAUAUCAGCAUCGUCAGAGUCAGUGACAUGCAACGCCUUGCUGAGAUUGUUGGCGAUAAAUCUGAACAACUUGAUGAUGCCCACUGCGUCCUCAUCACGAACCCUGCUGAAGGUUCUUGGGAGGAUCCAGCCCUCGACAAGCUGCACCUGUUCUGCGAAGAAAGCCGCAGCCUCAACGACUGGGUCCCAGAGAUCACUCUGCCUGAGCGUUGAACUGGGCCUAUACUCUUCUCUGAUCGAGAUGCUGUAAACCUGAAGGAAUACUCAUCCUACUUGACAGGAUGAUGCAACUUUUCCUGCAUCCCUGGAUACUCCUGAGGAGGAUCUCAGUCCAGGCACCGCGAGGUUAUGCCCGAGUGGCCCUCGCGGUUAUCGUCGCGCCUCGUACCGUCCAUGCCAAGCUGACCCAGGUUCUUUAUGUGAACCAGGGGCAGGCAUGCCACGAGAGCGACACAAUGGCCCUCAUUCUUUGUGCGGAUGAGGUUUGGAGAGGAAGGAGAAGCGAGUUUUGCGGCUGUGGCCUUGCCACAGAGCAAAUAUCGCAUGCGUUUGUACACGCAGUGGACGAAGUGGUCGUCGAAUGAAGCAUGCAUUUUUAAAAAUGGACUUAACAUCUCGCUCCCUUUUAAAAAUCAGCUUUGCAGAGUCAGAGGAUACUUCUCUGUGCUCUGCAAGAAUGUUUCUCACUUUCCAGAAUUGUCUUAAAUCUCUAAAGGUUUCACUUUAGAAUUUGUAACGAAACAUAAUUAUG